GUAUAGACAAAUGCAGCUUGGCACAGAAAGCAAAGUAGCUGAACUUCUUCACCAAAGUAAGUUAAAGUCCUUUGAAAGUGAACAUGUUCAACUCAUGCAACAAGAAACAGCAAAGAAUCUUUCACAGUGUCAAAUGGAAUGUGAGAAAUAUCAGAGAAAGCUGGAGGUGCUUACUAAGGAAUUUUAUAGUCUUCAGUCUUCUAGUGAAGCACGCAUUAUUGAACUUCAGACACAGAAUUCUGAGUUUCAAGCAAGGCUAGAUACUUAUGAAAAACUUGAGAAGGAGCUUGAUGAGAUAAUACUGCAGACAGCAGAAAUGGAAAAUGAAAUUGAAGCUGAAAGGGUUCUCUUCUCAUAUGGGUAUGGUGCUAAUGUUCCUACAACAGCCAAAAGACGACUAAAGCAAAGUGUUCACUUGGCAAGGAGGUUACUGCAGCUAGAAAAGCAAAACUCGUUGCUUGUAAAAGAUCUGGAACAUCAGAAGGAGCAAGUAACACAGAUUUCACAAGAGCUGGACAGAGCAAAUUUUUUGUUGAGUCAAGUACAACAGCCAUACAAAUACCUCAUUGAAACUGUGCAACAGAGAGAUUCUCAAAUAAGUCUACAGAAAGAACGUAUUACACAACUUGAAAAAGAUGUCAGUCUUUUAAAUAAAGAAAAGACAACUUUGCUGCGUGUCAAGAAUCAAAUGGCAGCAGAUUUGGAGAGACUUCUAAAUCACCGUGAGGAACUAGCCACAAUGAAACAGAUUCUAAUUAGUCUGCAUGGUAAACACUAUGAACAAAUUUUACCUCAGUCUCAUAUUGAUGUAAAAAGUGCAACUGCAAAAGACAAAUCAAACCCUUCAGUGAAACUGCUGCCAGAACUUGAGGAAGAAAAUGUGUUUACACCUAAGCCAACGUUAUUUACAAAUAAAGAGGCACCUGCAUGGUACAAGAAACUGCAGAAGAAAACAUCUCCAUAG